AUGAAUCCACCUUCAGUUUCACCAGUACCUUCCGCAGUCUCCUCCACUACCGCUUCACAGUCUUCAAACGAUCCUCGAGAUGGAGAUCCUCAGCUAACACGCGCUCUCGCGGGCAUGAAUUUGUCCUCUGUCAACGGGGAUGUGCUGCCCAUUCCUCCCUCGGCAGCGAAAAACGCCAGACCAACGAUGGCAAACCGUAUCUCUCGGAUGUUCUCCGCCACGGGAAAAUCGACUCCAAGGGAGUCAGAUCCUCACCGAGAUUUCUCUGACAGCAGUACAGAAAGCAUAAAGUCACCCGCGAAUGGCAGCGGGAAGCAGUCAAAACCAUCAUCAAGGCCUUCUUCCAUAGCUCCCUCCCGACAGACCUCAACGAAGGAGGAUAGCGACAGAAAGCCAAAACUUGCAAAUGGCAAGGAUCAAAAGGAUGGCGUGGUCGCACACAAGCGGUUUGAAGUGCUUCCGGAAAGCGCACAUUGUCAUCAUCUUAAGAGUGCAAAACGGCAGGAGAAGCUAACCGAUCUGCUCCGGGAUAUACUCGGCGGUGGUAGGAAAAAAGACGACCAUGUAGAAGAUCAGCAGCUGUCACUCAUGUCUACUUGGAUCGAUCAAUUCAAGAAUGAACGUGAUAAGUUGGCCGCAGAUAAAAAGGGUGGCCCUAAUGCCACCGCUUCGUUGGUUGACAAAUAUGGCAAAUGCCAGGAAAUUGUUGGACGAGGCGCAUUCGGUAUCGUGAGAAUAUCACACAAGGUGGACCCGAAAGAUUCUAGAAUGGAACAACUUUAUGCAGUAAAGGAGUUUCGCCGUCGCCCCCAGGAGACCGCCAAAAAGUACCAGAAGCGGCUGACAUCUGAGUUCUGUAUUUCAUCAUCCCUCCGUCACCCUAACGUUAUCCACACCCUUGACCUUCUGCAGGAUGCUAAGGGUGACUACUGCGAGGUCAUGGAGUAUUGUGCUGGUGGUGAUCUUUAUACCCUCGUGCUCGCUGCAGGAAAGCUUGAGGUCGCCGAAGCCGAUUGCUUUUUCAAGCAGCUUAUGCGAGGUGUGGAGUACAUGCACGAGAUGGGUGUGGCCCAUCGUGAUCUUAAACCUGAAAAUCUCCUUCUGACUACCCAUGGAGCCUUGAAGAUUACAGACUUCGGAAAUGGCGAGUGCUUCCGAAUGGCUUGGGAGAAAGAAGCUCAUAUGACGGCGGGGCUUUGUGGCUCAGCUCCUUAUAUCGCACCCGAGGAGUACGUUGAGAAGGAAUUCGAUCCACGGGCAGUUGAUCUAUGGGCGACUGGUGUCAUCUACAUGGCCAUGAGGACGGGGCGCCAUCUAUGGCGAGUUGCCCGAAAGGAUGAAGAUGAAUUCUACCAACGGUAUCUCGAGGGUCGCAAGCAUGAGGAUGGUUACGCUCCGAUUGAAACCCUGCAUCGGGUAAGGAUUGCAUCAGAAUAUUUAAAUGAACCGCUGAAGCUUACAAGCAACCCCCAGGCUCGGUGCCGCAAUGUGAUAUACUCCAUUUUAGAUCCGAACCCCUCCCGUCGUAUCAAUGCCUCGCAGGUCCUUAAAUCCGAGUGGGUUCGCGAGAUUAAGCUUUGCAAGGCUGGCGAGGAAGGGUUCUGA